AAUUUUCAUUUUUGAUUCUUUAGACAGUGUCCUCGAAUUAGAUCUAACAUCCUGUACCAAGAUGUUCGACAUCCUUUCGCCAAUCGGUUCCACCUACAGGUCUCCCUUGCAUUUGAAAUGGUUCAAACCAAAUUGUUCCGAGUGCGAAGCUAAAGGCAAGAGAUGUAAAUGGAAGACCAACAACGACACAGAAGGAGACAUCGAAUGUUUUGAAUGCACACGAAAAAGAAUUCACGUUCCUAAAUCUCUUAUUUUUGCUACUACAGGUUCGAUCUUUUUGGGGCUGGUGGUCACUGCUGUCUUUAAGAGCAUUGUCUAUUUUAGGGAAAAACAAGAAGAUCAAGCAAGAGUGGACAAGUUUUUAGAUGACUACAGGGCAGAAAAGCCUGCAAGAUUCACCUACGCUGACCUUAAAAGAAUCACCAAUGGCUUUAAGGAAAUGUUAGGAGAAGGAGCUCAUGGGGCUGUGUUCAGAGGUAAACUUUCCAGUGAGAUACCCGUGGCUGUGAAGAUCCUCAACAAUACAGAGGGAGAAUAAGGGAAUGAGUUCAUCAAUGAAGUGGGAAUUAUGGGCAAAAUCCAUCACAUCAACGUGGUGCGUUUGCUUGGCUUCUGUGCAGAAGGACUCCAUCGUGCUCUUGUCUACAAUUUCUUUCCAAACGGUUCCUUACAAAGCUUCAUUUUUCCUCCAGAAGACAAGGACCAUUUCCUUGGCUGGGAGAAGCUUCAACACAUUGCUCUUGGUAUAGCUAAAGGGAUUGAGUAUCUUCAUCAAGGUUGCAAUCAUCUCAUUAUUCACUUUGAC